AUGAAAUAUAACAAGAAGGUUUCCCAUGUGGUUAGUUCCAACCUGGUCAGUGUCAUUGGCUCUCUUUUCACUGCGUUAGUUGUACUGAAAUUCCUUAUUAGCAACUCUUUGAUUUCUUUACCAUCACUUUUGAAGUUUGUUCAAUUAAAUCCAUCACACUCUUAUGUGCCAGACUUUAGGGACACUCCAAAUGUAGAGUUUUACGACUUGCGCAAUUACAAAGGUAAUAAAGAUGGUUGGCAACGAAACGACCGAAUCGUGUUCUGUGUGCCAUUGCGAGAUGCUGCGCAACAUUUACCAAGGUUCUUCGACCAUUUGGACAAGAUGUCAUAUCCGCAUAAUUUGAUCGAUCUGUCCUUUUUGGUCAGUGACUCUUCAGAUGACACAAUGGGCGUUCUGUUGUCGAAUCUGCAGACUGCACAAUCCCAACGUGAUAAGAGCAAGCGAUUCGGAAACAUCGAAAUCUAUGAGAAGGAUUUCGGUCAAGUCAUAGGUCAGUCCUUUUCAGAUAGACAUGGUUUUGCUGGUCAAGGGCCAAGAAGAAAAUUGAUGGCAAGAGCACGUAAUUGGCUGGGGUCGGUGGCAUUGAAGCCAUAUCACUCGUGGGUGUACUGGAGAGAUGUCGAUAUCGAAACUGCCCCAAGGACUAUCAUGGAAGAUUUGAUGCAUCAUGAUAAAGAUAUUAUUGUACCAAACGUCUGGAGGCCUUUGCCAGAUUGGUUGGGAAAUAUCCAACCAUACGAUUUGAACUCAUGGCAAGAAUCUGAAGGUGGUCUGCAGUUAGCAAACCAAUUGAAUGAAGAUGCAGUCAUUGUGGAAGGGUACCCUGAAUACGCAACUUGGAGACCACAUUUGGCGUAUAUGAGAGAUCCAAAUGGUGAUCCAGAAGUCGAGAUGGAACUGGAUGGGAUUGGUGGUGUCUCGAUUUUGUCGAAGGCCAAUGUUUUCCGUUCAGGCUCCCACUUUCCUGCCUUUUCGUUCGAAAAACAUGCAGAAACAGAAGCUUUUGGUAAAUUAUCAAGAAGAAUGGGAUAUAACGUCAUUGGUCUACCGCAUUACGUCGUAUGGCACAUCUACGAACCUUCCACUGAGGAUUUGAAACACAUGGAAUGGAUGGCUGAGGAAGAGACGAGAAGAAUCGAAGAAGAGAAACUAAGAGAAUUUUACAACAAAGUAUGGGAUCUUGGUUUCGAUGACGUUAGAGAGGAAUGGUCUUUUGAAAAAGAUUCCAUUUUGAAAAACAUCGAUAAUAACGAAGCUGUGAAUAAUAAGUUAGCAAAUGAAAACGAAUGGUAUGAAAAUACUUUAGAAGAAAAAAAUAAGCUUUUAGAGCUGCAAAAAGAGAAGAGUAGAGAAGCUGCUAAGAAAAAAGCUAGGGAAGAGUUCAAGAAUAAAGAGAAAGCCAAUGCUGAACGUUCACUAAAUGGCAACAAGGAGAUGAAGGAUAGCCUGAACAAAGGCAAAACAGAAAAUAAAAAAGAAUCUACAGAAAAGAAACAAGAUAAUACUAACAAAAAUAUGAACAAUGAACAAAAUCCAAAACAGGAGGAAAAGGGCCAGCCUGGGGAAAAUACUAAUAAAGACGCUCCAAAACAAAAGGAAGCCAAGCAAAACGUCCCAGCGGACUUCGACCCACAGAAGCAAUGA